CAUAGCGCAGCUGCAAUGGACCAGAAUUAACGAAGAGCAGACGACCGUUUCGUCAUUGGGGUCUCCUUCCCGUAAAACUAAAUAUAUAGAAGCAUACCACCGAUUGCAGAUGCAGUGGAGCUGUUGAAGUUUUAAAUUUAUGUGGUGGUGAGAACGAGAGAAACUUGGAGAUGGAUUGGAGAAGAGCUUACGCAACUGUGUCUGGCAGCGCGCCAGAACAUGACUUUGUAGAACCAUAUACGGCGUCGGUCACAUUUUGUGUCAUCACAGCUUUAACUGGAAUAAUCUUAAGAGCUUUGACUAAAGUGAUUCUUCCGGGGAAAAUACAAGAAUACGUAUUAGAUUUUAUAUCAACCAUGGAGGCUUGCGCAUACUUCUUUGAAAACAACUUUAUAUAUAAGUAUUAUGGAAGCCUGUGGCUUGGCAUUGCCAUAGUCAUUCAAUGUUUCGUCUGUAGCCGAACCUUUCAAGGUUCCUCUGAGAAUCCCGUCCAAGCCUUUCAAAAACUUAUCCUUGGUGAAAUGGGUUUUAUUAAAGCGAUGGUUAAGAUCUUCAUACAGAGUCUUGCUGGUCUGGCAUCCUAUCGUUUGGCUCAGCUGAUUUGGUCUCUGGAUCUGAUUUCGGAUCAUCAUGAGAGAUACUACGAGACUUCAUGUAUGUCCGACUUAAAUGUGACCCUCAUGUUUGGGUUUCUGGUGGAAAUGGGAGCCUCACUGUCCGAUAGUUGGCUGGGAAUGCAGACAGUAUCAAGAAUGUCGGUAUUGGAUGAGCUAAUCAAGUAUGCUAAUGGUAGUUUGAUGAUUGUUGCAGGAUUAAGCACAACUGGAAUGUACUUUAACCCGGCUAUGGCGUCUGGUCAUACACUCGGUUGUCAAGGCACAGCGUUGUGGGAACAUUUUCUGGUAUAUUGGAUCGGACCUUUCAUUGGCUGCCUUGUUGCUGUCUACUUGGAUAAACUAAUUCAUAUUGACGUGAAUCGGGCGGCUGUUGAUGAAUCAAAGAAGAAGCAGUAAAAAUACCUAACCAAUUAUUUCCCCUUGAUUACCAAUAUUCAUGAUCUGACCGAUACGCAUUCGGGUUGUGUUGUUUGUGGUUUGACAGUAGAUUGUGUGGAGCCUACGCAGAGAGUCAGUUUGAUGAUUCGCUAUUAUCAUUGGUGUAUAGAACAUGUUUUUCAUUAACAGGCUAUAAUAUAGGUUAUACCAUAUUUGACAACCAAAGGAAUUUUAUAAUAUCAUCCUUGUGUGGCAUUUAACGAUUGAGCACAUUAAAAAAAAUACACAACACAAUUUACAUGGAAAACAAUCAUUAGUUUAUACACAUAUAGCACGACGUUACGAUAAUAUCGAAAACAAUCACUGGUUUAUACACAUAUAGCACGACGUUUCGACAAGUAUUCUCUUAUCGAAACGUCGUGCUAUAUGUGAUUGUUUUCCAUAUAAAUUGUGUUGUGAAUUUUGUAAUAUUUACCAAAGAAUUUUUAUAAUAUUUUACAAACAAAAUUAAUAACUGCGUUAUUACAUUUGGCAAAGAAAUUUUAUUUUAUAAUAUUUGACAAACAAAAAGCUUUUAUAAUAUUUAGCAGAAAAAGAUUCGACAAUCAAUGGACUUUUGAUAAUAUUUCUUUACUAGAAAACACUCAUUGUAAAUUUUAAAACUGAUCCCUCCCUCCACCCACACCCUCUCAUCAUGCAAAAGUUACCGUGUUAUUAAAACGAUCCUCAACCCUUGGACUGAGGUCAAGAUAAAGUAUUGAUCCGAUUAACCGAAAGUCGUUUUUGUUUACUUGGCGGAUUAGCUUUUCUUAAAACCACAUAAUAUCUGCUCCGGUUUCGACAUUCCCCACUUUGCGCCUUUAACCGUAAGUAUAUUAAAUCAAAGUAUUUCUAUAUUAUUUUCUAUCUAUUGGAUUGUUAAACUGUUCGAUAUAAAGUUUAUUUCAUUUAU